CUUCCUGGACUCCAAAACGCGUAUCUCUUCUGGCUGGAAUGGGAGCCUCAAGAGGCAGUGUGAGGCCCUGGCCGUUUUCCUGGCCGGCGACGUUGUUCCUGGCACAGACCGAAUGACGCCAUUUUUGUUACUGGUAGAGGUCGGCUUGGAGGCUGUUUCUGGGCAUGCGAAAGAUAAGCUAAAGCGUCAACCAGACCCACCAAGGAGGGCUGGAGGGGAAAGGGAAUUUCGGGGGAUGUUGAGCCCAUUUGUGCAAGCAGGGAGCCAAGUUCGUCUUGAGAAGGAGCUUUGGGGUCCUGAGAGCAGAGCCAGGGUGAGGGGCCCCGCCCCGUUAAGUGAUGCGGGUUUGUGUGGUCAGUGAUGGGGACAUGUGGAAGGACUAAUGAGGGGGUCCUUUGGACUGAAUGAUGUGGAAAACAGUGAUAGGGAGGGGAGUCUGUAAGACUGUGUGGGAUAUUCGAUGAGGGGUUUAUGGAAGCGAUAGGGGAGUCUGUGCAGUGAGCAAAAGUGUCUGUAGGGUGAAUGGUAGGGUUUCAAGGGAGUGAGUGAAAGGGGUUUGUGGGAUGAGUGAUGGAGAGUCUGUUGGGUGAAUGAUGGGGGAUCUGGGGUGAGCAAUGGGGUGGUCUUUAGGGUGAAUGAUGAGGGUCCAUGGAGACAGGAAUUAGAAUGUGUAGGGUCAAUGUUGAGAUUCUGUGAGGUCCAUGAUGGGUGGCUCUUUGAGAUGGAUAGUACAUCCAAGAAUAAACAAAAAUUCCUGCCCUUGUGGUAUCAACAUUCCAAUGGGGGAGUCAUACAUUGGGCCUUUAAUUUGUAUUUCCCUGAUGACUGCUUUUUCAUAUAUUUUUGAUAUCUUAGAUCCUCUUUUGUAAGGCACCUGUUCAGAUCUUUUGCUCCUUUUUCUAUUGAAUGUCUGCCUUUACCUUAUUGAUUUGUGGAACUUGUUUUUAUAUAUUCUGAUACUACUCCUUUAUCAGUGAUACGUGUUUUGCAAAUAUUUCAUUGAUUUUUGGCUUCUCUCUUCCGUGUUGUGGCUUUGAAUGUUAAGGUUUUAAGUUAACUUUGAGCUGUAAAGCACAAUGUAAAUUUAGAGUUUUGUUAUUCUCAAGUUAACAACCAGACAAUGCCCUCUGUAAUUUAGGAGGAGAAUUAAUUUCUAGGGCAUUCAGAAGCCGAGUCGCAUCUCUGAAAACUUUGGUGCCAUGACAGCUAAGGAGGAGUUCUCUGCUUUUUGUUUUCCCACCACUUCACCCUCUAGUCACUGGCUGUGUGAUCAUGAAUAAGUCACUAAACCUCUUUAGGCCUCAGUUUCUUCACUGUGAAAUGAGGAUAAUAGCAGGGUCUAUCCUUUGACGCUUGGGAUGAUAUUUAACCACUGAAGAGUGAUUAAUACAGCCUGGUCUCUGAAGACUCUUCUGUACCCCCACCCCACCCCCAAUUGGUUUCCAAAGAGAAACAGAAAAUGAUGGAGUCCCAGGAACUAGUGACCUAUGAAGAUGUGGCUGUAGACUUCACCCAGGAGGAGUGGCAGCAUCUGGACCCUGCUCAGAAGAUCCUACACAGAGAUGUGAUGCUGGAGAUCUACAGCCAUCUGGUCUCUGUGGGGUGUUCAGGUAUAAGUCCAGGUAUAAUCUUCAAGUUGGAACAUGAAGAGGACCCAUGGAUCAUGAAGAGUGAGUUGUCAAGGUGGAUCCACUCAGACAGGGAGAAAAGCCUUGACUCUUCCCAGCACAUCAUUUCUGAAGAACUUUCAUUUCAAAAAGAGAUAUUGGAAAAAGCCCCAAAGGAUAAUUCAUUGUACUACCUUUUAAAAGUUUGGCGUAUUGAUGGUCAGACACAUAAAUAUCAGGGAAACCAAGACAGAGUUUUGAAGCAAGUCACAGUCAUUAACCAUGAAACAUUGACCAAGGAGAAAGGCACCAAAUAUAACACACUUGGAAACAGUUUUGGUGGGUGCAUAAACCUUGAUCCUUCAAGUAAAAAACUCCAUAAUUUUUAUUUAUGUGAAAAGAACUUGGAAUCUAAUUUAGACUCACUGAUAUGUAAUAGGAGCCAUACAAGAAAGAACCCCAUUGAGAGAUUUGGAUGCAGGAGCCCACCUAGCUUUAGUGAUUCCUGUUCUGUACCUGAGAAAAUUUACACUGGCAUGAAACCUUGUGGACAUGGUCAAUGUGAAAAAUUUCUCAGUCAUAAACAAGUCCAUAUUCAGUAUAAAAAAGGUCAAGCUGGUAAGAAACCCAAUGUUUGUGGUGAGUGUGGGAAAGGCUUUAUUAAGAAGUCACAACUUAUUAUACAUCAAAGAAUUCAUACUGGAGAAAAACCGUAUGUAUGUGGAGAUUGUGGAAAAGCCUUCAGUGAGAAAUCACACCUCAUUGUGCAUCAGAGGAUUCACACUGGGGAGAAGCCCUAUGAGUGUAGUAAGUGUGGGAGGGCCUUCUCCCAGAAGUCACCCUUCAUUGUUCAUCAAAGAGUCCACACUGGAGAGAAACCCUAUGAAUGUUCUGAGUGUCAAAAAGCCUUCUCUCAGAAGUCACAUCUCAUUAUACAUCAGCGAGUUCACACUAGAGAGAAGCCCUUUGAAUGUAGUGAAUGUGGGAAAGCCUUCUGUGAGAAGUCUCACCUUUUUAUACACCAGAUAACUCAUACUGGGGAGAGACCCUAUGAAUGUACUGAAUGUGGGAAGACCUUCCCUCGGAAAACACAACUCAUCAUCCAUUAUAGAACACAUACUGGAGAGAAACCCUAUAAGUGUAGUGAAUGUGGAAAAACCUUUUGCCAGCAGUCCCACCUCAUAGGGCAUCAAAGAAUUCAUACAGGAGAGAAACCUUAUGUGUGUAAUGACUGUGGAAAAGCCUUUUCCCAAAAGUCCCACCUUACUGGACAUCAAAGGCUUCACACUGGAGAGAAACCUUAUAUAUGUACAGAGUGUGGAAGAGCCUUCUCUCAGAAAUCACCUCUUAUUAUACACCAGAGAAUUCAUACAGGGGAGAAACCCUAUGAGUGUAGUGACUGUGGCAAAACCUUCUCCCAGAAAUCACCCCUCAUUAUUCAUCAGAGAAUUCAUACAGGGGAGAAACCCUAUGAGUGUACUGAGUGUGGAAGGGCAUUUUCCCUGAAGUCACAUCUCAUUAUACAUCAGAGAGCUCAUGCUGGAGAGAAACCAUAUGAACGUAAUGAAUCUGGAAAGGCCUUAUGUGAGACAUCUCCACUAGCUGUACAUCAAAGAACUCAUACUAGGGAGAAACCCACUGAAUCUGCUGAAUAUGGUAUGGCCUUUUCCCGAAAUUCACAGAUGAUCACAUAUCAGAGAACACACACAGCAGAGAAACCCUCCAACUGCAGUGACUGUGGGAAGGUGUUCUGCCAGCACAUACACUUCACUGGACAUCAGAACCAACAUAGGAGAGAAACCUCAUAUAAGUACUGAUUGUGGGAAGGUCUUCCCAGAAGUCAGAUCUCACUAUGGAUGAAAAAACUCACACUGAACAGAAAUCCUCUGGGUACAUUGGACAUGAAAAAAAAUGUGGCACCUCCUUUACUGUGGAAUAGAUUCAUACAUUCCUACAUAUUUCUGAUUACUCCUCCACAGGAUGAUCUGGUCAGGCUCUCAGAAUAUUUUCAACACUGUAAAUAUGUAAUGCACUUGCUCACCUUCAAAGUAUUCCCCCCCCUCACAGAAUAAAUACAUCUGGAAUAAUUGGCAUA